CGCUGGCUACGCCCCUCUGUUGUUUCGAGAAUAAAGUUGAUUGUAAAGUUAAGUGUCGCUCGGCUGCUUUAUUUCUGUAUUCGCUGUUUUAUUUGUGCAUGAGUGAUCAUGGGGAAGAUUGAGUGGGCGAUGUGGGCCAAUGAACAAGCUCUGGCUGCUGGACUGAUUUAUCUGACGGGUGGUGUGGUCGGUGUGGCUGGUCAGUUCAGAGGAUGGCAGUUUGCAGCGUUCGGCAUUGCUGCAGGUGUGUUUGUGUGUUUACUGGAGUAUCCACGCAGCAAACGAAGUAAAGGCACCAGCGUCGAGCGCACGGGUCAGUACUGCUUCACUGUGUGUGUGAAGGCUUUCGGCCCGCUGACCAGAAACUAUUACAUCAGAGCGUUUCUGCAUGCUGCGCUGUGUAUUCCAGGAGGGUUCAUGUUGGCCACAGUUCUUGGGUGUGUGUGUCUAGGAAUCGCCAGUUUAAUCUACCUGUCGGCAGCGAUUCACAGUGAGCAUUGGGAGCCCAUCCUGCCCCGAAAAGAUCCUCCAAAGCGUGUUGGUGAAAGCAUCAAAGAGCCACCUCAGAACCCUCCACCACGGCCUCCAGCAGACCUGCGGCGUAAGAGAGCAGAGAACCUGGAGGCGGCCGUGUACGACAACCCCAUGACUGUCACCGUCAAUGAAUAAUCAUUACAUAUCACCAUUUAUGAGGUUACUGUCAUGCUGGAUUAGAGCUGGAAUUGACUAAAUUAUUUUUUAUCACUGUUUAUUUAAUAAUAUGUGUUGUGCUCCAGCAAGGUCUACUAAGCAACCAAAUUGGCCCGGUUGCUAGGGAGGGUAGAGCCACAUGGGGUAACCUCCUCGUGGUCGCGAUUAGUGGUUCUUGCUCUCAAUGGGGCGUGUGGUAAUUUGUGUGUGGAUCGCAAAGGGUAGCAUGAGCAUCCACAUGCUGGGAGUCUCUGUGGCGUUAUGCAAAAUGAGCCACUUGAUAAGAUGCGUGGAUUGAGGUGAAUAACCGCGCCACCAGGAGGACCUACUAAGUAGUGGUAAUUGGACAUUCUGAAUUUGGAGAAAAAGUGGAUCUAAAAUUAAUAAAUGUUGUGCAUUACAAAUUGGGGAGAAAAUAAAAAAAAAAAAAAUACAAAUAAUUUUGUGUUUUGUGUAAACAUUAUUUUUAUAUCUCAGUUACUUAUUUAACAAUGAAGGUUUCUAUACAUUUCCAUCAUAAUGUUCAGCUGAAUAGUGUGACACUGAUGGAGGAAACACUGUAUCGUUUUAUCCAUAAUGUAAUAAUUCUAUUGCAUGCACCAUCUAUGCUUACUUAAAGGAAAAUAUUAUUUGACAUGUUAUUAAUGUAACCGCCACAGUAAUUAUGUAUUUUUUCCUCAAGAGAAUGUAUAUAUAUAUUUGUGUUUUUGUACUUUCAAUAAAUUUAGGAUUCAUACAAUUAGUUGAGUUAAAACGAAAUAUUUUUUAAUAGAAAUUAUUUCACUUAGUAUUUAAAACAUUCUAUAAUCUUUCGCAAGGUGUCAGUUGACCUUCUAUAUAAUUUCCAUGUGUACAUUUUAA